AUGAGUUCAAAAAAAGUGUUUCCAGCUCCAGAUUUCGAAAAAUCCCAAGUCUGCGUCUCCUGGGUGGUGCGGCUGUGUCAGAACCCAAAGCUGGCGCUAAAGAACAGCCCGCCUUACAUCCUAGACCUGCUGCCAGACACCUACCAGCACCUGCGCACUGUCCUGUCAAGAUAUGAGGGGAAGAUGGAGACACUUGGAGAAAAUGAGUAUUUUAGGGUGUUCAUGGAGAAUUUGAUGAAGAAAACUAAGCAGACCAUAAGCCUCUUCAAGGAGGGUAAAGAAAGAAUGUAUGAGGAGAAUUCUCAGCCUAGGCGAAACCUGACCAAACUGUCCCUGAUCUUCAGCCACAUGCUGGCCGAGCUGAAGGGCAUCUUCCCCAGCGGGCUGUUCCAGGGCGACGCCUUCCGCAUCACCAAGGCGGACGCCGCCGAGUUCUGGAGGAAAGCCUUCGGGGAAAAGACAAUAGUCCCUUGGAAGAGCUUCCGACAGGCCCUCCAUGACGUGCAUCCCAUCAGUUCCGGGCUGGAGGCCAUGGCUCUGAAGUCCACUAUCGAUCUGACCUGCAAUGAUUAUAUUUCAGUUUUUGAAUUUGACAUCUUUACACGGCUCUUUCAGCCCUGGUCCUCUCUGCUCAGGAACUGGAACAGUCUCGCUGUGACUCACCCUGGUUACAUGGCUUUCCUGACGUAUGAUGAAGUAAAAGCUCGGCUCCAGAAAUUCAUUCACAAACCUGGCAGUUACAUAUUCCGGCUGAGCUGUACUCGUCUGGGUCAGUGGGCUAUUGGGUAUGUCACUGCUGAUGGGAACAUUCUCCAGACAAUUCCUCACAACAAGCCUCUCUUCCAAGCACUGAUUGAUGGCUUCCGGGAAGGCUUCUAUUUGUUUCCUGAUGGACGGAAUCAGAAUCCCGACCUGACAGGCUUGUGUGAGCCGACGCCCCAAGACCACAUCAAAGUGACUCAGGAACAAUAUGAAUUAUACUGUGAGAUGGGCUCCACAUUCCAACUGUGUAAAAUAUGUGCCGAGAAUGAUAAGGAUGUGAAGAUCGAGCCCUGUGGACACCUCAUGUGCACGUCCUGUCUUACGUCCUGGCAGGAAUCAGAAGGCCAGGGCUGUCCUUUCUGCCGAUGUGAAAUUAAAGGUACAGAGCCCAUUGUGGUAGAUCCGUUUGAUCCGAGAGGAAGUGGCAGCCUAUUGAGGCAAGGAGCAGAGGGAGCUUCUUCCCCAAAUUAUGAUGAUGAUGAUGAUGAACGAGCUGAUGAUUCUCUCUUUAUGAUGAAGGAAUUAGCUGGUGCCAAGAAUAUGAAUAGCAGCCCAUUAGCAGGUCCAGAGUGUGAGCACCCCAAAAUCAAACCUUCCGCAUCGGCCAAUGCCAUUUAUUCCCUGGCUGCCAGGCCUCUUCCUGUGCCCACGCUGUUGCCCGGGUCGCAGCGUGAGAGCGAGGAGGACGCCGAGUACAUGACUCCCUCCUCGAGGCCCAUGGGCCUUCAGAAGCCGGAGGGGAAGCAGCCCUUCGAGACCGCCCCGAGCCUACGAGCGGGUGGCGGCGACCAGCAGGCGGACGGCAGCACCUAUGAAGCCAUGUACACCCUGCAGCCCCCGGGGGCACCGGCCGGCGCAGAGGGCAGCUUUGCUGGUGAAGGGAACGUGGCUGCAGCCCCUGCCGGCGUUGGCCCCGAGGAAUGGGAAAACGAAGAUGAGGGCUACGAUGUCCCUAAGCCGCCCGUGCCCGCAGCUCUGGCCCGCCGGACACUCUCCGACAUCUCGAACGCCAGCUCCUCCUUCGGCUGGUUGUCUCUGGAAGGCGGCCCCGCAGACUUCGCGGAGGGUUCCCCAGUUCCCGAGAGACCCCCCAAGCCGUUCCCUCGGAGAAUCAACUCUGAGCGGAAGGCAGGGCCGGGCCAUCCAGGUGCCACCGCGGCCCCCUCGCCGCGGCUCUCCAGCGAAAUCGAGAGCCUCCUGAGCCAGGGCUACUCCCACCAGGACAUCCAGAAAGCCCUGCUCAUCGCGCACAACAACAUCGACAUGGCCAAGAACAUCCUCCGCGAGUUCGUGUCCAUUUCUUCUCCCACCCACGUGGCCACCUAGCACCCCUCCGCCUGCGCUGGCGAGGAAGUGGCUGGGCUCCUCCCGGGCCCUGGGCAGGGCUCCUGGAGAUUUCGCAGUGAGGUCAGCCCUGCCGUGGCAUCUCUGUGGCUAGGAUUUCAAAGCGGUGGGUGAAAAUGGAGCGGCUGGUGGUGGUGUAUUGGUUGGGGGAGUGGGG